AUGGUACCCUUACUGGAAGGCAUCCUCCCAGUCCUUGUAAGCAAGGGAGGAGACAAACUGCCCUUAGGUAACAGGCUGGAUGAAGGCUCUGACGUGGAAUCCGAACCAGACCUGCCUCUGAAGCGCAAGCAGCGCCGCAGCAGGACCACCUUCACCGCGGAGCAGCUGGAGGAGCUGGAGAAGGCCUUUGAGAGAACUCACUACCCAGACAUCUACACCCGAGAGGAGCUGGCUCAGAGAACCAAGCUCACCGAGGCCAGAGUUCAGGUGUGGUUCAGCAACCGCAGAGCCAGAUGGCGCAAGCAGGCCGGGGCCAACCAGCUGGCAGCCUUCAACCACCUGCUGCCGGGGGGCUUCCCACCGACAGGAAUGCCAACCCUCCCGCCGUACCAGCUGCCAGAUUCCACCUACCCAACCACCACCAUUUCCCAAGAUGGGGGGAGCACUGUACACAGGCCCCAGCCCCUGCCACCCUCCACCAUGCACCAGGGAGGACUUGCCGCAGCCGCCGCUGCCGACACCGGCUCUGCCUACGGGGCCCGACACAGCUUCUCCAGCUACUCAGACAGCUUCAUGAAUGCUGCAGCUCCUGCCAACCACAUGAAUCCUGUUAGCAACGGCCUCUCUCCACAGGUGAUGAGCAUCCUGAGCAACCCCAGCGGGGUUCCUCCGCAGCCCCAGGCUGACUUCUCCAUCUCCCCCCUUCACGGUGGCUUGGACACCACCAACUCCAUCUCUGCCAGCUGCAGCCAGAGGAGUGACUCCAUCAAGUCUGUGGACAGCCUCCCGACCUCCCAGUCCUACUGUCCUCCCACCUACAGCACCACCAGUUACAGUGUGGACCCUGUGGCCGGCUACCAGUACGGGCAGUACGGACAAACCGCUGUGGAUUACCUGGCCAAGAACGUGAGUCUGUCCACACAGCGCAGGAUGAAGCUGGGGGAACAUUCAGCUGUCCUGGGCCUCCUACCAGUAGAGACAGGCCAAGCUUACUGAAGAGUCCCAACUGUGCCAACAACCUGCUCCAGCAUCUUGCUACCACUGGAGACAAACACCAACCAGCCUUCCAGGGAUCUACCUGUACCCAGACCCGACUCCUUCCCGAUUCUCUUCCACCUCGCCCCCAACUUGAGCUGUGUGAAGGAGAAGGGAAAGAGCAGGAGGGCUCUCCAAGCAGCCAGCUCUUCCCAGAGCACUCUUCUCAGAGGCAAACCUGGCUUCUGUGACCUGCCUCCCCCUCCUGUGGCCAGAGACAAUGGGUUGGGUGCAUUUAUUAACCCCUCCCA